AUGGAUGACAUCAAGGUUGAGACGGGAAACCCAGACGGCGUCAACGUCAGGCGGCCCGUCGCCUCCCGAAACCAGCCUCUGUCGGACACGGUCCGUUCGUUCGUGCCGUGGACCUCGGACACGACGGAGCAAAACGGGGCCGGCGAGUGGCCGUCAACUCGCUGA